AUGUAUUUCCAGCAGUCCUGGAGGGACAAAAGGCUGUCUUACUCUGGAAUACCUUUGAACCUAACUUUGGACAAUAGAGUAGCUGAUCAGCUCUGGGUGCCGGACACAUACUUCCAAAAUGACAAGAAGUCAUAUGUUCAUGGGGUUACAGUGAAAAAUCGAAUGAUUCGACUACAUCCUGAUGGAACAGUCCUUUAUGGCCUACGGAUUACAACUACAGCUGCUUGCAUGAUGGAUCUACGCAGAUACCCUCUGGAUGAACAAAACUGCACACUAGAAAUCGAAAGUUAUGGAUACACCACUGAUGAUAUUGAGUUUUACUGGAAUGGAGGGGAAUCUGCAGUAACAGGAGUUAAUAAUAUUGAGCUCCCACAGUUCUCAAUUGUUGAUUACAAGAUGGUAUCAAAAAAAGUGGAAUUUACAACAGGGGCAUAUCCUCGAUUAUCACUUAGUUUUCGGCUUAAACGAAAUAUUGGUUACUUCAUUUUGCAAACCUACAUGCCUUCCACGUUGAUCACAAUUCUAUCGUGGGUAUCUUUUUGGAUCAACUAUGAUGCCUCUGCUGCAAGAGUUGCCCUAGGAAUCACAACUGUGUUGACCAUGACCACAAUCAGCACUCAUCUCAGGGAGACACUGCCAAAGAUUCCCUAUGUAAAGGCAAUAGAUAUUUACCUCAUGGGUUGCUUUGUGUUUGUAUUUCUGGCCUUGCUGGAAUAUGCCUUUGUAAACUACAUAUUCUUUGGGAAAGGCCCUCACCGUCAAAAAAAAGCAGCUGAGAAGGCUACUGAUGAGAAGGGCAAACCAGAGAUGAAUAAAAUCCAGGUUGAUGCCCAUGGAAACAUUCUUCUUACGACUCUGGAAUUAAGAAGUGAGAUCAGCAGCUCAGAAGUGUUCACAGGUAUCAGUGACCCAAGAGCCACCAUGUAUUCAUAUGACAGUGCCAGCAUCCAGUACAGAAGACCCAUCUCAAGCAGAGAACUCUACAGCAGAAGCACUUUGGACAGGCAUAUGGUUCAUAAAAAGGGGAAUUUACGAAGAAGGGCAUCACAGCUCAGAGUCAAAAUCCCAGAUCUGACAGAUGUUAAUUCUAUAGACAAAUGGUCAAGGAUGGUCUUUCCUAUCACAUUCAUUAUUUUCAAUGUAGUUUAUUGGCUUUACUAUAUCCACUAAUGUAUGCACUGAUCAUCCCAUCCCUAGAUUUAUUUUCUUCCCUUCAUUUUGUUAACUCUCCAGGACUGCAGUAGCCAUAAUGCUACAUUUCCAAGAGCUGUUAUCCACAUUUCCUGCACUACAAUCACAAUAUGACCAUUUGUUUAGGAGCCCCGCACUGAUAAUUAAUGAAAAGGAUGGUCAUAAUAUCCCACCAAACUAUUAACAGAGUGGCCCAGCAGCUGAACAGGAAACAUUCUCAGAGUAGUUAGUUAAUCAAUCUCCAGAGGCAGAAUAAAACAGGCAACUUAAAUCUGACAUUCCCUAACUGCAAGUUACCAUGGGCUGUUCAUGUGGUACUGAAGCCCAGACUGAACUGUACUUGGUCCAGAGAAGAGCAA